UUCGCUUCGGUUGAUUGUUUUCAGCUGAUCGGUUGUAUUUUAAAUGCCACUUACAAGAUUAGUAAUUUUGCUAUUGGUAAGGUUUUAAGCAUGCAGAAAUCAUGGAAACUGUAGAAAUUAAAGUCACAUAUACAUUAAAUAUAGUUAUAUCAUUGUUGAUGUUUUACUCGGCGGAGGCACGUAUUGUUGAGAAAGAUGUGUCUAUUUCUGGGUACAACAAUGUUCCCUCUUUGAAUCUGGCUAUGGAUCGAAGUUUCAGCUUCGGUGAGGACUCCAGUCUGAUCUUCCAACUUAUGUGCCCAGUUAAGAAUCAUCAUAUUUACCCUGAUGUCUACUUAUUAGCUUGUAGCUAUGGUGACAGAAGAGAGGUUUCGCAAUGGAACAAGGAUAUGUUAGUAGGAUUGUGCCACCAACUCGGAGAGGUCGAACCAAACCCAUUAGACGUACUGCCUUGCUCGCAUAUGAAAGUCCACCGUACCAUAGAUGAUCAUGUCUCUUAUUACCUGAACCAUACGUUUGAACGGCAGCACAGCUUUUUGUUCAUGAUGCUAUUAUGUCCUCAAGAUAAAAGUAAACCAUCAACACCUGUUAUAUCGCAGGGAGCUGUUUGUCGGUCAAGGCUGACUACAAUGAACAAGGAACGUCAUCUGAGCAUGGACGAGUUUCCCGAGCCAAUAAUCUAUAAAAUACUGCUGAUGGUUUGGGCGAUACUCUACAUGUGUUGGAUUGUCAACUGGACAAUUUAUAACGAAUACUCCAAUGGUCUUCAUAAGUUCUUGUUUGUCGCUCCAACAUUUAAGCUUGGAACUCUAGUUUUCCAAAUGAUUUACUGGCGAUAUAUGGACAGCACAGGACUGCAGCAGGACACAAUAGAAGUUUCUCUUUACAUGAUUACAAGUAUAGAAGACCUCCUGCUGUUUAUUACUAUAAUGAUGGCUGCUGAAGGCUGGUGUGUCAUGAGACCAUACAUUAAACAUUGCCGUUCCGCACUAAUUCCAAUUAUUUUCUUCUUCUAUAUCACAUCGCAGUUAUGCGUUAUAUUUGCUAAUACUUAUUUUUUGGCAUUUGCUAUUUCCUGUAUUGUCUUCACAAUCUAUCGUGCAUUAAAAUGGUCUUCAGAAAGCAUUGAACUUCUCCAACGCCAGAUAACAAUCACACGGCAUCUGGUCUCGGUUAAGGAGAUAUAUUUUGAAGGGAACAGCCCUGAAGCGCCAUUGCUGAAGAAACUCCGCAUCUACAGCCGUUUACGACAGUUGAUAGCGGUCUACACAAUAACCUAUGCAGUAAUUAUAACAGUGGCUUCAUUUCUUUCACAGUUUACAUGGGUGAGAACGAUGCUAUUCGAAAUACCUGAAUUUGUGGUGUACGUAACACUUGGUUAUAUAUUUUAUCUUCGGGAUUUCAGUCGCUACGAAUCCGCAAGUUUAGAACUCUUUCAGGACAAUACGGUUGUAAUGCUGUUGCCGAGUCCGAAUCAAAAAUGGCCUCAAAAACAGACGUUAAUGCUCGGUCAUGCAAUUAAUAUUUUACCGAGAACUCCGCAAGAUCCAAGUAGUUCGAAAGAAUUGCCGCCACUUCCUUCACCAGUGUAAGUUUUAAGAUCUUUCCAUACUUUCAAAUGGUAUGUGACAAAAAAAUGUGAUGCCCAUAUUUGGGUGUACUAUGACAUCAUCAUGCCUAUGUAUGGACACAUCACACAAUUUGGUCACAUAAAAUUCCAUGGUGUGGACAAAAGCUUAAUAUUAAAAGGAGAAUUUUUUAUAUUUUGACCAGCCUUGUACAGUCAAAUUAAAACAUGGUAGAAAUAUUAUUUGCAAACAAAAAUUUAAAGUAAAAUUCUUAUAUACUAUAUACUUAAUCUUAUAUAUAUCAAAGUGCUAUAACAAGCUGAAUAUUAUUGUUUUCAUAUAUUUUUAAAUAUCAUCGUUAAUGUUAACAAGCAUAUGUAAUUAUUCUUGUCAUAUUGUAUUAAAAAAAUAAAUUUUUUAUUGUAAUUUUAAUCAUGUAUAGAAGAAAUUCAAUAUUGUAGAUGAAGUACUUCAAUAUAUCUAUCACACUCUCUGUGAAAAUGACCCACAUUUGUGUUGUCAACAAAUGUAAUCUUUAACAAAUUUAAUUGUCACAGUCGUUUUUAUAGUUAAACAUUGUCUUUGGUUAAUAAUUGUACUGUAUGCGUUGAUCAUGCCAUUGUAAUUAAUUAUGAUUUAUUUCUCAAAAUACUUAAGAGAUUUAUUUGUCUCAA